AUGUUGUUCAUUUACCUUAUAAUUGUUAGGAAACAUUUUGUUGUUAUUGACUUUUAUUUAAAUAUGUCUUGUACUGUUAGGAAACUUUUUGUUGUUUUUAACAUUUAUUUAAAUACGUUGUGUAUCUAUCCUGGAUUCUUUUCGUAUAGUUAAUGAAACACGACCAAGUUUACAGUAUGAGUACUCUUGUUACUGGUGUGUUAACUUUAACGGCACCGAUUGCAUGUAACUAUGCUCACAGAUGAAAUAAAAGAUAUGCAAAUUUGUACAUUUAUAAGCUAGUUUGCCCCGUUCGCGAUAUUUUUUGUCAUCUGCGCGCAUCCAAUAGCGGUUAAGUACCAGGCUGUGUGGCUGUGGGCAACGACGAAGUUGUGUGUGUGGUGUAGUGAUUGUUGUUUAACGCUUGGCGCAACCCUUUGGGUAACGUCGUCGUUUACGCACAACAGACCGCAUAAAUCUGGAUCGCUUCCAAAUCAGCAGACAAGCCGGUUCUCACGAAGAACCUUGAGCGUUCGUCAGGUGCACAGUUAACCGCGGAAACCGCUGAGAUGCCCUCAGUGGAAACAUUCGGUGACUCUGAUGCAACUACAGCAGAAGUUAACACUGAUAAACAUGAUUCUGACACAAUCAGUAGUUCUGCUGGAGAACAUUCCUCCAGACUUGUUUACAAACCACACAAUUGGAAGCCUUUCAUGAAGCAGAGUGAAGACAUGCCACUAAUACCAGGGAGGAGCAGCAUACCAUUACUGGCAGUGGAACCUGCUGUUUUCAUGACCUUUUUGGCAAGCGCACUAACCGGUACUGUGACACAGAAACUAUUGUUAGACCGUGUUUGCCAGAAAGAACUAGGUCUUUCACAGGAUCACUGUAUGUCACUAAAUGAUACUGCAAAGAACAUGAUUCAACCACAAGUUGCCAAUUUGCUUACAGCAAAGGCCCUACUUGAAAACCUAGUGCCUGCCAUAAUGACUGUAUUCAUUGGGCCAUGGAGUGAUAGGGGCGGGCGGCUACCACUUCUGAUGUGUCCCAUGAUUGGCUAUAGUAUUACAUACAUCAUUUAUGGUGCAUUGUCAAUGAAGAAAGACUUGGCACCAGAGUACUUCCUUCCUGCAUCCAUUCCUCUUGGUUUGAGUGGCGGCUUUAUUUCAGUACUGGCAGGUUCCAACAGUUACAUCGCUGAUGUAUUUCCAGAGGACAAAAGGAGUGUUAGGCUUGGUAUGCUUGAUGCUUGUAUAUAUAUGAGCCUACUCUUUGGUAAUGCUGGGGUCACACCACUUUUUGAUGCAUCAGGGUACAUUGGUGUUUACAUGACUUCAGCUGUCAUCUGCAUUACAUCCUUCUUAUAUGUACUAUGUUUUGUUCAAGAAUCUAUUCUCAAACCAAUGGCUGGGAACACACAAAGCUGUCCACAUUUCUGCUGUUUUGGGGAACUCUUUCAGUGCGGAAUGGUGAAAGACAUGAUAUAUACUUGCUUCAGAUGGAGGCCAAACAAUGGACGUAUUAUAAUUUUUUUGAUAAUUGCUGCACUUGUUGUAACUGAUGUUUCUAUAGAAGGGGAAAAUAUUGUCUACUUCCUCUUCACAAACAAGAAAUUUGGAUGGGAUAUUCAGGAAUUCUCACUGUUUACCAGUGUUGUAAUACUUGCAAGAGUUAUUGCAAUGAUCAGUGGACUGCAUAUAUGUAGUAAAAUUGUAGGCUUAUCAGAUACAGCUGUGUCUGCAAUUUGCUACAUAACAAAAAUUUUAGGGUCAUUAAUAUCUGCUGCAGCACCAAAUGUUGGAAUCCUGUACUUAGGCUGCGCUGUAGGAUUGUUUUCUGGAGUCUCAGGACCUCUUAACCGCACAAUUAUUGCUAAGGUGGUCCCUGGGAAAGAUAUUGGGAAAAUUUUCUCAAUGACAGCAGCUGCAGAGGCAUUAACACCUUUAUUAGCAGCUACCAUAUAUAGUCAGAUUUACAGUGGGACGAUUGCCACCUUCCCAAGUGCCUUCUUUCUUAUCUCAGCUGUGAUUUAUUCAGUGUCUACUGUCCUUAUGAGGAUAGUUCUGCAUUUCCAGAAUCAUCCCAGCAGUGAUUAUGGACCCAUUCCAACCUGAUGAUUGGUACAAAAUGAGUUUUCUGAAUGAACUUUUUGUGUAUUACAUGCUUUGCAUGUUAUGUAGCUCUUAUGCUACUAAUCUUCUAAUAAAAACAAAAUAAUAUUUUUUAAACAUUUGUUUGGGAUUACUUCAAACAAACAUACUGAAUUAUUACAGUUACUUGGUUAUUUACAUCUUCUCAAACAAUAUUGGUGGUAUUAUUGCAGACAUAUUAUGUUUUAAAACACUUUAUUACUGUUGUAAAUCAUUUAAUACAAAUCUUUAUUCAACAAUA